CGGCUCCCCCAUGGGGGACGGUAACGGAAUCCCUGCUUUCCCAAGCAUUAUAUCAGCGAUUUAUCCCCCAACUCCUCAUCGCAAAGAUAGCUGUAAGCGUACCUGAAGCUAUUUCCUGUUGAAGGGCACUGCUUGUGAAGAUGGCGGGACCGUUACGCCAACCCAUAGACAUCCCGUCUUUGGAGAAGUAUAUCAACAAGAACGUGCCAGUGAUCAAGACACCGUUGGACGUGAAACAGUUUGGAUUCGGCCAAUCGAACCCUACCUACCAACUCACCGCGACGGACGGGCAGCGAUUCGUCUUGCGCAAGAAGCCCCCAGGCAAGCUCCUAUCCAAGACGGCGCACAGGGUGGAUCGUGAAUACAGGAUCCUACAUGCACUGGAGAAGACCGAUGUGCCCGUUCCCAAAGUCUACUGCCUGUGUGAAGAUGAUGCUGUUAUCGGCACACCGUUCUACAUUAUGGAAUUCCUGGAUGGGCGGAUGAUCACAAACUCUGCCAUGCCGGGGAUUAGUCCAGAGGAACGAAAAGAACUGUGGCGCGAUGCGAUCCGCACAUUAGCCAAGUUCCACCAAGUCGUGCCCAAGUUAGUCGGGCUAGAAAAGUUCGGGAAACCAAACGGAUAUUACGACCGACAAAUUGCGACCUUGUCAGGUGUUUCUCACGCACAAGCGCAGGCAGCUGACGUAGACACCAAGGUCCCUGUUGGGGAACUGCCACAUAUCGAAGAGGUAGUGAAGUUCUUCCUGCACAAGCCCACACAGCCGCAGGACCGAUCCAGCCUGGUGCACGGCGACUACAAAAUUGAUAAUCUAGUCUUUCACAAGACGGAACCACGAGUCAUCGGCAUCCUGGACUGGGAGAUGGCCACCAUCGGACAUCCACUGUCAGACCUUUGCAACCUGACGAGUCCCUAUUUUCUCGAUGGCCCUGAACAUAAGAUCGCCCAGUUCCAGCCCGGCGGGAUCCCUGGUAUCCCCACGCGCGAAGAGUGUGUUCAAUGGUACGCAGAGAUAGCCGGCUGGGACCCAACAUCCGACUUGCCGUGGGGGGAUGCUUUCUUCUCUUUCCGGUUUUCUGUGAUUGUCCAGGGAAUCGCGGCGCGAUAUGCACUCAGACAGGCUAGUAGUGCAUUUGCAGCGGAGUAUGCAAAGCUGACUGUGCCUAUUGCUCUGGGAACUUGGAAGCUGGUCAAGCGGAUACAGGAACAGGAGCGUCUAAGGGGAAGGCUGUAGAUAGCAUACUAUACUAUACCACUAUGUGUGAGGGUACAUUGCUAGUAAUUCAAC